CCGGAUGUGACCUGGCCAUUUGGCAUUUCUCCUUAGCGGCUUCAGGCUGCACACCUGCUUUCAAACCUGGCUGCUUAAAAGUGCUUCUAUUAUUGGACUUCCCUCUUUCAACAGUCCUCCUCGCCCAGUGCUGAAACAGAAGGAGCUGUUGGCAAUACGGAUCGCACAUGUUCCUCACAGACAUGCCACAGACCACCUGAAUGAAGCUCGUGGUCCACGGGCAACAUCUUGGAAACUUGGUCUAAGCCAGGGAUGGAGAACCUGUGGCCCUCCGGAUGAUGUUGGGCUGCGACUCCCAUCAGCCCAAGCCAGCAGAACAAAAUGUGGUUACUAGAAACCUUAAAAGCUUGGAUCCAGAGAUGCAUUAGUGUUUAGAGGCCUCCUUUUGACUUAAGGGCAUCUGACUAGCAUGUGCGAAAGGAGUCAUGGGUGAAAGGAAGGGAAGGCUGGUUAACCUCAAGGACUCGUCCAGGGUGAUCAAACUGUUGGAAGGCACAGGGAAGAGGUAUGAUGUGAAUAUGCGUUGCUUGGCGGCCCGGGUCAACUAUAAGACUCUGAUCGUCAUCUGCGUUCUCUUCACCCUGGUCACGGUCCUGCUGUGGAAUAGAUGCUCCAGCAACAGAGCAGCCCCAUUUCCACGUAAUCCAAGCAGUAGCUUCAGAGCAGAUGGACUGGAAAAGCGGGCAGCUGCGUCAGAGAGCAACAAGUAUAUGAAUGGCCCAGCCAAGCAGCAGAGCGAAGAGGCCUCACCCCAAGAGCAGCAGAAGGCUCCCCCUGUUGUCGGGGGCUUCCAUGGGAACAAGGUCCUGGGGAUAAAGUAUGAAGAAAUUGACUGUCUGAUCAACGAUGAGCACCCAAUCAAAGGCAGAAGGGAGGGGAAUGAGGUCUUCCUGCCAUUCUCCUGGGUGGAGAAGUACUUUGAAGUCUACGGGAAAAUUGCUCAGUAUGAUGGAUAUGACAGGUUUGAGUUCUCCCACAGUUACUCCAAAGUGUACGCACAGAGAGCGCCUUACCACCCAGACGGCGUCUUCAUGUCCUUCGAGGGCUACAAUGUGGAGGUCCGGGACAGAGUGAAGUGCAUCAGCGGCGUUGAAGGCGUGCCGCUGUCCACGCAGUGGGGCCCUCAAGGCUAUUUCUACCCCAUCCAGAUUGCUCAGUAUGGGCUGAGCCAUUACAGCAAGAAUCUGACGGAGAAACCUCCUCACGUAGAAGUGUACGAAACGGCUGAGGAAAAGGACCAAACCGGCCGGUCUGGCGACUGGACUGUGCCCAAAGGCUGUUCUGUCACAACGUUGCCCGACAAAGCCAGGUUCACAAACGUCAAGCAAUUUGUUGUUCCAGAAAAUUCCGAGGGAGCAUCUCUGCAGCUGGGGAACACGAGGGACUUCAUAAUUUCUUUUGACCUUAAGUUUGUAACCAAUGGGAGCGUCUCGGUGGUUCUUGAGACGACGGAGAAGAACCAGCUUUUCCGAGUACACUACACCUCAAACACUCAGUUGAUAGCUUUUAAGGAUAAAGACAUUUCUUACGGCAUUGGGUCCAGGACUAGCUGGAGCACGGUUACACGGGACCUCGUAACGGACCUAAGGAAGGGGGUUGGCCUCUCCAACACAAAAGCUGUCAAGCAGACUAAAAUCAUGCCCAAAAGAGUGGUCAAGUUGGUGGUGAAAGGGCAGGGCUUCAUUGACAAUGUCACCAUUUCAACCACAGCCCACAUGGCAGCUUUUUUUGCUGCCAGUGACUGGCUGGUGAGGAACCAGGAUGAAAAAGGUGGCUGGCCGAUUAUGGUGACCCGGAAGCUAGGGGAAGGCUUUAAAUCUCUGGAGCCCGGGUGGUACUCGGCCAUGGCACAAGGGCAGGCCAUUUCAACAUUGGUCAGGGCCUAUCUUUUGACAAAAGACCACACAUUCCUCAAUUCAGCUCUGCGGGCGACAACGCCUUACAAGUUGUUGUCAGAGCAACAUGGCGUGAAGGCCGUCUUUAUGAACAAACAUGACUGGUACGAGGAAUAUCCAACGUCGCCUAGCUCCUUUGUUUUGAAUGGGUUCAUGUAUUCUCUAAUUGGGCUGUACGACUUAAAGGAAACAGCGGGCGAGAAGCUAGGAAAAGAGGCGAAGCUUUUGUAUGACCGGGGCAUGGAGUCCCUGAAAGCGAUGCUCCCGCUCUAUGACACUGGCUCGGGAACCAUCUAUGACCUCCGUCACUUCAUACUCGGGACAGCGCCCAACUUGGCCCGGUGGGACUAUCACACCACCCACAUCAAUCAGCUCCAGCUGCUAAGCACCAUAGAUGAAGCCCCUAUAUUCAAAGAGUUUGUCAAGAGGUGGAAGAGCUACCUUAGAGGCGGUAGGGCGAAGCACAAUUAAAGCAGAGCUCCCAACCAAAAUUGAGUUUCCGUUGUCUGCGGUGCUUGGGAAUCGCCAUCUUUAAGCUUUGAGAAGGUGGUGCCCAAACUCUGUGUGUGAGUGUGUGUAGCUGAGCUUCUUUUCCUAAACAAACUCUAUUUUUGAAUAAGUGAUCCUUAAAACUCAUCUUUUUACAGCACUUGCAUUCCAGUGGAAAAAUACUUCAGAGCACGGAGGUAAAUAUUGCAAAGCAGGGCACCUGAUCAAAGGACAGAAUCAAAACUUAGUUAAUUUGUUUACUUGCCCACAGUGAUCCAUAAUGAUACUUGUGCAUAAUAUAAAAUGUUUUCUAGAGGGGGGAAAAAUACAGAAGCUAUAAUGAGUUUUGUAGCCCAGUGUUUGUCAGAUAAGCAGACUAUGGCCUCUGCAGGGGAGGGGAAAUGGGAUUUCCAUACAUUUGAGAGAAGAUUUGGAAGAAGAAAAUGUGCCAUGCCAGAAAUCUCUGUUUACUGUUAUCGCAGAGAGUGGAUGAUGUCUUUAUUUCUGUAUUUCCCUCCCUUUGGUGGGAAAGUACAGAGCUGUUUGUGUUAGAUUUCUGAAUAUUGAGAAAUACUUCAGAUGUUUGGUUUCUUUAAAGAUUUACAAAUGGGAUUUGUUGUUAAUGCUAUCAAGGAUGAGGCUUUACUGGGAAUUUCUGUGAAAGCUCCGUAGCGAGCAAGGAGAGCUGCAGAAGGGCAUCCCUCUGUGCCUUUGGGCCAUUCCCCUUUCCUUGCAAGGGAAGCUCCUGGUGGAAUAAGCCCAGUGGGCAACUUUGAACGCUUUGUUUUGUUCUGUAAGCACAACAACAAGCAGGACCAGUUGACUGCACAAAACCAUGGCCAUCUUGUCUACAACUGGUUCUAGCAUCACAUUUUAAACUUGUUCAAUAUCUUUCCUUGGCUUCCGUUUCAGACCUCUUGUAAUGAGAGUGGGAAUCUGGUCCUUUUGAUCAUUUACAGGGUUUCUUUUUCAUGUAAACCUGCUGGGAGGAACCUCUCCCCCCCCCCCGAUGUUGCUGAACUACAACUCCCAUCAUCCUUGGCCAUUGGCCAUGCUUUCUGGGGCUGAUGAGAAUUGCCCAGCAACAUCUGGAGCGCCUAAAGUUCUCCACUCUUGGUGUAAGCCGUUUUGUUGCUUGGGAGACGUCAAUUUUUGCCCUCAAUCUGGUGCCUCCAGAAGUGCAAGCCCAAUCAUCCCUGACCAAUUGGUUGUGCUGGCUGAGAGCUGUACUCCGAAAAAUCUGGAGGGCACCAAGUUAAGGAAGACACUGUGGUUCUUUUGAAACUAGGUACAAAUCAUUUGAGUGGGAAAAAAUCAGCUUGAUUUUUCAAGUGGCAUUACAGUUGAACAUUAUGGGAUUUUUUCUGUAGCAACUAGCUCUUGAAACUGCUAUUGGUCAUGAAGUUGGAUGGGCAGGAGGGAUUUUUAACUAUUUUGUUUUUGGAAAGUGAAUGAUUGUAUUUGACUGUCUGUAGGUCAUUCCUCUUCUGCAGUCACUCAUUACCUGGAUCCACAGUUCUUGCUUCUUCAUAAAUUCCUUUUCACUGGGACCACUGAUAUUUAUUUGGCGUUUUUACCCUAAUAUAAAUUGGCCAAGGGUGCAAUCUGUGGGGAAUUUCCACGUGAGAUAGAGGGGAGUAGCACAGGACCAAAACCGUGCAACUCUCGCCAAUCUCUGUGGAUGUCUUUGUAUCGGGGCACAGCUGUUCAUGGAUCAGCCCUCUUUCGCAUGCUCCUGUACACUCCAAGGUACUCAAAGGGGCUUCCAUUAAAGUGAGCACUUGGAGACUCAGGAAGAGAGUUAACUGAGGGCGUAACUCUUGAUUGGAAAUUCCCUUCCAAGACUUAGAAACUAUGGAUCACUUAUCUUUCAUAUGUCUUGGGUUACGUGGUGCAUCCUUCCUUUGGCAUUCCCCCUUCUGAUUUCCAGUUGCUGAGAAGCUGAUCAUUUUGAGAAAUGCAAGCAGGGGGCCAUGCAGGUUAGGAAAGGUGCCUUUCCAUUGAAGAUGUAGACCAAGGGAAGCCAACGUGGUGCCCUCCAGAUGUUGUUGGACUCCAACUCCCAUCAGACCCAGCCAACAUUGCCAAUGGUCAGGGAUGAUGGCAGCUGUUGCCCAGUAACAUCUGGAGGCCACCACAUUGGCUAUCCUGGAUCUAGAGAUGUUUUGCCUUGCCUACCUGCUUUGGCUUUUCAUUUCAGUGGGUACAAUUGCUGCUGGUAGAUAUAUCAGCAAAUUGCCUGAUCUUGCCCAGAGUCCAGUGUCACUCUCCACGUGUCACUCUGUUCUUAAUAUUAUCCUUUGAGGGUCAACGUCCAUGCUGUAGAUGCAUUCUAGCAAAACCAGGUACAUCUUCCUGGUACUUUUUCUUCUCAUACAGUGUCAGGUAUACAGAAGCACUGAUGAUUGCAUCGCCAGCUGACUGUGGAAGGAUGUGGGCAAACUCCAGAGAACAGCCUUUCCCCAUCCUGGUGUCCUUCAGAUGUCUUGGACAAUAUCCAUGGCAUAAUGCAGCCAUGCUGGGUAGGCCUGAUGAGAGCCAUAGUGCAAAACAUCUGGAGGGCACUAGGUGGGUGAAGCCUGCCUGAAACAUUUUGUGUUCAAAGGCCUGUUGGUAUGUUAGAACUUUUAAAUUCCUUGGCACUAGCAACGCAGUCUUAGGAGCCAAGGCUGCUAGAUAAUGUCCUGCUCCCACAGAUCUUGAUGAGAAUCAAAGCAAGUUGGGGCCUGAGUGCUUCCAGAGCGGCUGCCUCUGACUCUGUGUGUGGUUUCUGAAGGGGGAAACUGGAAAGGAAAGUGUACAAACUACAAAGAGAAAAUGCAGAGUGUCCGAGGAGACAGAACUGAGGGGGGGAAGAGUGAAUUGAUAUCACAGAAGGGACAGGCCUUGGAAACCAGCUGUCUUCAGCAAUGUUUCCUUCUGUUCUUCCUGGAAGCCAGCAAGCUGAACAAAUGUAAAUGGUCUUGACCAGCCUUCCCCAACCCUGGUGCCUUCCAGAUGUUUUGGACUACAACUCUUGUCAGCAGCAGCAUCAUACAGCUUGCUGGCUGGGACUGAAGGGUGUUGAACUCAAAAACAUCUGGAGAGCAACAGGUUGGGGAAGGCUGGUCUAAAAAGCAGGUGUGUCGUUCUGAGCCCUGGAAAUAUAUCCUUGCCAGUGAUACCAAAGUGUUUAGCCAAAUGAUUUUUCCUCUCCAGCACUUGAUUAUGUAUGUCAGAGCAAGACCCAAAUCCUGUUGCAAAUCAUGGGCAACUAGAUUCAGUGCAAACUUGUUUGGUGUACUGUUUUGAUGAUAUGUUAGUGCCUUAACCACGUGGCCAUAACUUCCUCUUGCAAUAGGAAGGGAGUUAGUUUUAGUGGUGGCACUGAUGGUUCUGUGAUUACGUCUCACAAUGGCAUUCCCAGGGCUUUGUAGGCUUGUCUUGCACGUUGGCUUGAGAUUGUCAAGUGGUGCAAGCUUGUCUUUGGGAAAUUAACACUGAUCUAGCUGUCACUCAAAUUGUGCAGCCGGCUGCUUGCCACUUCUCUUGCUGCCCUGCGACAGACCCUGUCACCAGCUGUUCACGGUGCCUGUGAUGGAGGUUAGGAGCGGAGAUUCACAUUCAGGUAGGCUAUGGUUGGUGGGAAUCCUCUUCUGAGCAGUAGGGAUCUCAAGUGUUUCCGUUUUAGUACGUUGUCUUUGGCCCAAUGUUUACAAAGUGGGUUGCAUCUAACCAAGUCAUACUCAAGAGUAGACCCAUUGAAAUCAGUGAACUUAAGUUGAUCAUGUCCCUGCUUUCAGUGGGUCUACUCUGUUACUUAGUUGGAGCAAGACUCAAUGCUUCUGACCAUCUAAGCAUGACUGGGUGAACUGAUUCCCCAUCCUGCCCCCAUGCAGAUUGCCCCACAUUUCCUUCCUCCAUCAGGGCGAUGAGUGGCUCAUCACCUGCACUGACAUUAGCGCUUAUUUUAAACCAGAGGUUGGAGCUGAUUUGCAAAUUUGUUCAAGGUGAUGUGUUAGUGUUGGUGGGGCUCUAAUGCUACGUUGUGGUUAGCUUCCAAAAGGAAAGGCGGUGGGGUGGGGGUGGAAGAGUCCACGAGAGAGCAGGGAAGGAGUACGGGAGCCCUUGCAUGCUCCUAAUGUGCUCACUUAGAUGUCACCCCUGUGUUGGGCCUCCAUGCCAGCCUUUUUCCAUUGGGGGGACUGCUGUGAGCAAUGAUGGAAUUCCAAGGAGACAAAACCAACUUUAGUAUUUUUUCUCUAUUUUUUUUUUAAGUUGGGGGCAUGAAAUGUUGGGGGGACAUGGAUGCUGAUGUGUUGCGACCCACAGAGCUAAACCAAUGCCUUUAGUUCCUAGCUGGCACAGCCCUUUCUCAGUUUGUGCUAUUGUGCAGAAAUGUUGGGAAAUGCAACCCGGUGACACACAAGCACAACUGUUGGCGUGCAACCAUUUUCCUUGCUGUCCUUUUGAGACUUCCACUGAAAAUUGCUGCUUUUCAUCCACCUUGUAAUUGCAUUAUUGUCCUCUUAUUUUCACUUCCUCUUCCCUUUUUACAUGUGGGGUUUAAACCAUGUGUUUAAUAUGCAAUAAAUUGUUUACAGGAUGCCCUUUGGAGGGCGAUGAGUCCUUUGUGAAGCUGUACAGACUUAGUGGGUUAAGCACAAUGUGCACAGGUUAGUUUUAUACAUGGCAAGACAUGAUUUUUUUGCAGUA